UCAAAUUUUCCUUUGAAAAGCUAAACUAGUGGAUUGCACCCCUUUCUGUCUCUACUUCCUAAACCCUUCUCUUCUUCUCUCAUCCAAGGCCGGCGGUUCAAAGAGACUCCAUGCCGGCGUCGGAACUACUGCUGUCGGAUUCUACCUCCACCAACCGUAUGAGUUGUCGAGAGGUCGUAAACCAUUGGGGAUGAAGUUUAUUUAACUGGAGAUGGAGGUGUCCUUGUGCUAAAGCAGAUGCAAUUUCUCUAACUGAUGACCUUCCUAUAGUUGAUGGUAUGUAUAUUAAUUAUUCGUGGCUUGGAUCAAUAAUCUUCAACAAAGUGUUAAUGUAUGCUUAGUUUUGUUUGAAGAUCAUAUUCAUAUUAUAGUGUUUGUUUUUGUAUAGUUUGUGGAAAUGAUAUUAUAGGUUCAAAAAUCUCUCACUUCCUCAAUAUUCAGAAAUCUUUAUUUGGGGUAAUGCUAUUAUGUUCCAAACUAAGUUUACCAAUUUGUCUGAUAGCAGUCAGGUCUUAUGGCUGUCGGGCAAUCGUUCCUAGGCCGUUGAGCAUGCAAACUUUUGUAAUUUCAAUUUGGGAACCAUUCAUUUGAAGUCCACAUAAAAAAAACAGGCCAUAGGGUAUACUCACUUGGGCACUUACCACUUAGAGGGAUUAGAAGUUGGAACUAAUUUGAUAUUGCUCUAGUUAUUCACUCAUAUACUGAUUUUAAAAUUCCAAACCUUAAACCGCACCUACAUAAUGAAACCAUAAUAAAUUACAGUUCGAUUUCAUUGGUUAAUUUUUUCUAAAGAGUUAAGGAAAACUUGGAAGUUGAGCCUGUGUAUGCUAAACCUGUAUUUUUCUUUUCUUUUUAACUAAUUGUAGCAUAUUUUUGCCAAAUAUCAAGUAGUAUCCAUCUCAUUUAUCAUACUCUUUAGUCUUUGGUAAUUUUGGGUACUAUGAGGGUGGAAAUGGCUUAACUUACAAUUAGCCUUUGGUCUGAAGUUAGACAUUCCAAUGCAAUGCCUAGCAUAUGAGUUUUGAUUUUAUCUAUUUAUCAUUAGCACACUUGGUGCUUAAUUAAGACUAAGAAUCUCAAUAUCAAUAGAUCCAAUGUUCAAACCUUGGUCAAAUCCCAAUUCCUACCUCACCACUAGACCAAAGCUACGAGCUUGAAUUUUGAUUGUGUCUAUACAUUUAAGCUGGUAGUGUAGUGGUAAGAAUGGCUAUAUCUAUGGUAUUGAUAUAUUAAGGAGGUAGGCAUCCUAAUCACCACAUCAUCACUUCCUUGGUAUUGAUAUAUUAAGUGUAAUUUGUAGCAUAAAUACUUAAGUUUAACUCUCGGUUGCAGACAAAUACCUAAGUUUAAUUUUUGACGGUAAUAAUACUUAAGUUAUAUUUUUAGAACUUUUGUUGGUACCUAGUCGUUAAGUGUCAAGUCAUUAUCCACGUGUUAUUUUUUUAUUGGUAUAUUUAAAUUUAUUUUUAAAUAACUACGAAAGUUCCAAAAAUAUAACUUAAGUAUUAUUACCAUUAAAAAUUAAACUUAGAUUUUUAUCUGCAAUUAGGAGUUAAACUUAAGUAUUUAUACUGCAAAUUACUCAUAUAUUAAAUAUACCAAAAGAUUAAAAGAAAAAAAAAAGUGUUCGUUUUAGUAUGGUUUGGUUUUUGCUCAAAUUUUGAAUUUGGAAAAGUAUCUUGGAGUAGCUGAAGUUUAGAUUUUCCCUUUAAAAAAAGAAAAGAAAAAAAAUGGGUAGCAUGUUUAGGAUAGGGCCCGGUGUGUACAAAAUGGAAAAACUAAAAAACCAGCAUUAGUGUAUAGAAGAAGUGCAGACCUUUACUGCAAUUGCCCAUUGGAACAACAAGAGCUCAAUCUACAACCUUCAUCAUCAUUCAUCGCUGUAGCUAAUUACAUUUCCAUCAAGCUAUCUGGGUUUUCUUCCUCUUCCAGCUUAAGCCACAUUAAUCUUUAAAUCUCUUUCCCAAUGAUCAACUCUUUGGUCCACGAAGCCUCAAUCAAGGCCAUUCAUUUUCAACGUGCCUUAAGAAUUACCAAUUGCUUCUCCACACUGUCAGUUUUCAAUUGCCAAUUUCUUGAAAAGCCAACUGCGGCCUAUUAUGAUGAUCUAGUUAAUGAUGCUGGUAGCUCUGGGGAUUUUAAUACAGUUCGACAACUCCUUAAUAAGCGCAUGAAAGAUGUCUGCUACAACACCACCAACACCUUCAAUUUCAUCACUGACAAUGAGGCCUCCCUCCUUAUGCUCGAUAAUCUAAUUUUGACCUUAAUUAAUCUCGACAAGAGCCAAACUCGAAACAGUGCCUUUAAUGCACUCAUAUCACGUUUAUGCAAGUUGGGAAAGAUCGAGGAGUCUUUGCGUGUGAUUGAUUCCAUGGCCCGUGUAGAUUGCAACUUGAAUGCGUGUAGUUUUUAUCCUAUAGUCAAAGUGCUUGCAAGGAGUAACAAAAUUGAGGAGGCAUGGCGUGUGGUGGAUUUGAUGAGAUGUCUUAGAGUUGUACCGGAUUCAAUGAUUUAUAAUUACAUCUUGAUGACACACUGUGCCAAUGGAGAUUUGAGUGCUUCAGCGGUUGUGCUAACAAGGAUGGAGGAACAAAAGAUGAAGGCAAAUGGACGGACUUACGAUGCCCUAGUGUUAGGCGCAUGUAGGGCAGGGAAGGUGGAAGGGGCUUUGGUGAUUCUUAGGAGGAUGGAGGAUGAUGGAGUUCCUAUGCUAUUAUCAACUCGCUUGUAUGUGAUUGACGCGUUGUUGAGCUUAGGCUAUUACGACCAGGCUAUUAAGUUUGUUAGAACCUAUUGCGGGAAGGACGCGUGGCUAGAUAAUGAGAGUUUCGGGUGUUUGGCUUUUCGUUUGCUUAAGUUGAAAAGGAAGGAUGAGGCAAGGGUGGUUUUGGAGGAAAUGAAAGAAAGAAAACUUGAGAUGCGUCAUGCAUUGUUGAAGUUCCAAGAAAAUGAAAAUGAAAGUUGAAACAACCAAUUCUCAAAGAUUUGAUCGAGGUUUGCUAAUAUUGAUAUAUCUUCCUUGGAACACAUAUCAUUGAACGUUAAUUUUAUUGUAUUUACACUUAUUUCACACACACCCAGAUAAGCUUUCAUUAAGCAGGUGGAAAAAGUUUUGUAGGAUAAAUUUUUUGGAAGAUUAGUAAGGUUUUGAAGAGCCAAAAAUAUGAUUAUUUGGCAAGAGAGUGGGAAGGACAACACAGAUGCUAGGUGGAUCGUCUCUGCUGAACAAAUUGAAUCAAAUGAGCAGUGUAUUGAUUAGAAAAAAUGGUGACAUUUAAAGAAAAGAGAUUUUUUCAUUUUUAUA